CUCCCUCCCCCCCCUCCUGCCACCCUCUUUGGUUUCCUCCUCCUUCUUCCUCCUUUCCAGAACGAUAUGGUCACCCCUGCGAGCCUCUCCACCUCCCUCGAAGCGCUGGGCGUCUUCCCUGGUGACUUCGCCCUCCUCGGCACCGAUACCCUCCUCCUUGGAGCCGGCGCCAAGACCCCCGAGCACCUGAUCACCAGUGCGCUCGAGCAUGCCACCCAGGAGGCCGGGAUUCUGCGUGUGGCCCAUGUGCGGGAUGUCUUCGACCGCGAUGUCAAGGCCCGCGCCACCCUGUCCAGCGUCAUCCGCUUUCACCCGGCCCCCGCCGGCACCUUCGGCGAGGGUCUGCUGGUGGAGCUGCUGAAGGACUCCUUCACCCCGGCCCACCGGAUCCGCCGCGUGGACGUGUACGAGCGCUCGGCCGCCGAGGCCCCCUUCGGGCUGGUCUGCUCGGAUCUCAGCCUGCCGAGCUUCCUGCGCACCUUCCAGACCCCCUGCCCCGGGGGCUCGAGCUCCUUCGGCCGACGUGCGGCCCGGUCCAGCGCGUCGGCCGUGCUGGCCGUCUGCCCGGUGGAUGUGCUGGCCGCCGACCCGGCCGCCUGGGUGGCCGGCUUCCGCGGCAAGCAGUCCUCCAACCGCGUGCUGAUGGUCGCCCCAUCGGCCUUCACCUCCAACGCCGAGGCGGCCCAGGACAACUACUUCAUGGCCGCGGCCGCGGCCGGAGAGAACCCCGCGGCGACCCCGGCGGCCGCGGCCUCCGAUGGCAGUGAGUUUGUCCUGCGCGAGCAUGCCGGCCUCGUGGCCGAGAUGGAGGCCCAUGGCGUGUCCGUCGUCCUGGCCAGCCACUCGUAUGUGCAUGACACCCCGGAUGCCUGCUUCCCGAACAACUGGUUCUCCACGCACAUUGUCCGUCCCGGGGCCGAGGCCGGGGCCACCUCGGACAGCGUCGGCAACAGCAAGCUCAAGGUCCUGUACCCGAUGAAGUGCGAGAACCGCCGCCGUGAGCGUCGCCCCGAUCUGGUGGCUCUGCUGUCGAACCUCGGCUACCAGGAGACCAUCGACAUGUCGGCCCCCGAGACCGCCGGCCAGGCCCUCGAGGGCACCGGUGUGCUGGUGCUGGACCGUGUCAACCGGGUGGCCUACGUUGCCGCGUCGGAGCGCGCCCAGCCGGAGCUCGCCGCCCAGUGGGCCGAGCGCCUGGGCUACCGGGCCGUGGUCUUCACCGCCACCGACAUCAACAACCGCACCAUCUACCACACGAAUGUCAUGAUGGCGGUCGGCACCUCGGUGGCCGUGGUGUGCCUGGAGUCGGUGGACAAUGCCGAGGCCCUGCGCCAGUCCUUCGCGGCCACCGGCCACGAGGUGGUCGACAUUACCCGGCAGCAGGUGCAGGAGAUGUGCGGCAAUGUGCUGGAGGUCGAGUCGGCCACCGGGCUGCCGGUCAUGGUGAUGAGCGCUCGCGCCCGGGCGGCCUUCACCCCGGAGCAGAUCCAGACCAUUGAGAAGCACUGCCCCGGCGGCAUUGUGGCCGCGGACCUCGGCAAUCUGGAGCGCAUCGGCGGCGGCAGCGCUCGCUGCACCAUUGCCGAGCUCUUCUGAUGAGAGGCCCCAUGGCGGCGGGGAGGGGGGCGUGCACAGGGGGGCGGCGCCCCGAGGCGCGCGCGCGGGCCGCCAACACGGCGGCACACCCGUGCACCGCCGCGAGUGCCGCCGUGGCUAGAGGCCGGCACGGACCGCGGCGCGUACGCGGCCCCCCUCCUCGGUCUGCCAGCUUGUUUGUUUUUUUUUCUCCGUCCCCCCUCCCCUGGGGAGACUGUCCAAUACACCGGAUGGCUGCUC